ACAGGAUGGAAGGGUUUAGGAAGUGGACACGGCAGAGUCGAAGGAAAAGGGCGGAGACAAGGGAGCUAACGUUGAGAUUGAGAAAAUGACGAACCAUCGCGACUCUCUUAGCAGUGGGAUAAUUAUUUACAUGCGAGUUCCGUGUUGGAGGACUUUAUAGGUACCUGGAAGUUGUUUUCUUUGUGCGUGGCGAACGGCAUGUGGCCGUAAGCCCUCUCUUAUUUCUGUUUCACACCCUCCAGGUGACUGCCUGUUUGCUGAGAUUGUAGCUCCAGGAAAACGACAGCAAAGCUUCCAUUUGUCUGACGGGGGCGGGAGGGUGGGUGACGGAGAGUUGCAGGGGCCAUGCAUCAGGGGUAAGGGGCGAUUUGCUACAAGGGAAACACACAGCAUCAGGUGAGAAGGGGGCGGGUCAGUGUGGAGAUGAAGCUCAAACAGCGCAUGGUGGUGCUGUGUGCCGUGCUCCUCCUGCUGGGCCUGGCCAAGAUCUUUCUGCUGGAUGGAGGUGAAGGGUCUGCAGCGAGCCGACGGGACCUCAGAGCGUUUCGUAAGAUGGAGGCUGGACUUUCUCUGUCCCGUGGAGCUCGCCUCACUCACACACUCCAGUCUCCAUGGGAGAUAGCAAGCCAGUGGGUGGGCCCAAGAGAGGUUUACCCUGAGGAGACCCCAGAGCUGGCUGCUGUACUUACCUCCCUCAGCACUGCCAGGAUAGAACGGGCAGAUGUGGGCUAUAAGGGUACACAGCUCAAAGCCCUGCUGGUGCUGGAUGGGGGACAGAAAGUGGUUUUCAAACCCAAAAGAUAUAACAGAGACUAUGUUGUGGAAGGUGAGCCAUACGCAGGCUAUGACAGACACAAUGCAGAGGUAGCUGGUUUUCACCUGGACAGGAUCUUGGGCUUCAGGAGGGCACCUCUUGUGGUGGGGCGAUACGUUAACCUGCGAACAGAAAUCAAACCUGUGGCCACAGAUCAGCUGCUGAGCACCUUCCUCACACAGGGUAAUAAUACAUGUUUCUAUGGAAAGUGUUAUUACUGUCGGGAAAGCGAGCCAGCGUGUGCAGAUGGAGAGAUCAUGGAGGGGUCGUUAACUCUCUGGUUGCCAGACGUCUGGCCAUUGCAGAAACACAGACACCCCUGGGGACGCACAUACAGAGAGGGGAAACUGGCCAGAUGGGAGUAUGACGAGAGCUACUGUGAGGCAGUGAAGAAAAUGCCCCCAUAUGAUGAAGGGCCAAGGCUACUGGACGUCAUCGACACGGCUAUAUUUGACUAUCUCAUUGGGAAUGCAGAUCGGCAUCACUAUGAGAGUUUCCAGGACGACGGUGGCGCCAGCAUGCUCAUCCUGCUUGACAAUGCAAAGAGCUUUGGAAACGCAGCUCUGGACGAGCGAAGCAUCCUCGCACCACUCUAUCAGUGCUGCAUGGUCCGUAUGUCCACGUGGAACAGAUUAAACCUGCUGAUUAACCCUGCUGAGAGGGGAGCUCUGAGCUCAGCCAUACGGCAGGCCCUGGUAUUCGACCCUGUCCACCCAGUCCUGGCUGAACCGAAACUCACAGCCCUGGACAGGCGUCUUUCUGGAGUCAUAGCAACUGUUAAGCAAUGCAUAGAGGCUCAAGGUCCUGACAACACUCUAAUAGAGGACCGAAUGAACCUCCCACACCCAUAGACGCGAGGGAGAGGAGGAAAUGACAAAGCGGGAGAAGCCAGGACUUUCCUUUCUGAACCAGGAUGAGAGGAGAGGGACAUGGAACGAUGUGUGUGAGUGACCGGACAGAUCGGCCCUGGUGCCAAGUGAGUGAAUGGAUCGACAGGGUGGAACAAAGACUGUGUAUUUCUUCCUCCAUUGUCCCUUUCUUGUUUGGCACUGACAAGACUGGAGUGGUUUUUAAAAAGGAGUUGUUGGAUUCACGGUAUGAUCCAAGACUUCUGUCACCUUUAGCUAUAAACUUUCUCUCAGGAUUGCUGCGCACUACAGGACAGUGUCUGCUAUAAGAGCCCCUCUGUCUAUUACUACUGGUUUUUGAAGACACUUCUGUCUAGUACCAUAUCCACCCUCCCAGUCCAGCUUCUACUUCUUCUACUUGGGAGUCAGCUGUAGAGCAAUAGUGGAGCUCCAAGAUUUGCGAACAGUCGAGGGAAGGUGAAACAGAGCCAGCAACGUUUUGAUGAGAGACACUGUACAGCCAUGUCUCCGGCUGUUUGGAGCUGGCUGUCUUCAAAUCUGACAAGUUGACUCCAGUUGUAUUAACUGGAAAUUAAUAUAGAACUGAAAAAAUAAUUUUUUAAUGCUGGAACUGAAAUUGCAUUUUGGUUGGAAGGAGUGAAUUAGCUCAGUCUUAUUCCAUCAGUGUGUACAUAGUUAACUAAAUGGUGACAUAGAAAGACUACACAUUUGUGGAUUAUAAUAUAAAAUCAAACUAUGUGUGUGGAAGAGUGCCAUAUUGUGCUGUAAAUAAGAAAGCUACUGACAGGGCAGACUUGAAGUGAGGGGACAGAGUUUGGGUUCAGGGGUCCACCUUCACCAUUAAACUAUUUAAUUGUGGCUUUUUCAUGUCAUCUUUUCCUCCACCUGUUUACCACCCAACAUCACAAACAUGUUGGUGUUAAUUCAUCAGAUUUCAGUCACCACAAAAUGUUCUUACUUCAGUUCAAAUUUAAGGCACCAACAAAGUGUUUAGAUACAUAUUUGUUGUAAUUAUAAAGAACAGUGCCCAUGUUGUAGCUGUGCCAUUUCUCUUGAUGCCAUUACCUGAGAUUGUUGCACAAAACUUCAUUGCAGAUGAUUUUAAGCAGAUUACACUAAUGUCUGUCUGUUUGUUUUAGAUGCAACCUUUUAUGAUUCAGGUGGGACAUGGUUUUCUGUUGUGGUUUGCACACUUGUCAUCCAGGUCAUAGCAAGUUGAAAAAAAUCAAUUUGACUACAUUUCUAGGUCGAAAACGUUUCACCUCUCAUCCAAGAGGCUUCAUCAGUUCAGAACAUGUCUGGACAAUAUUCUGAUGUUAAGCACUUCACUUUAAGCAAACUUCAGAGCUCAGCAAGCUUUUAGCUGCAGGUUUAUAUUUGCCACUUGUUCUGCAUUAUGUUGCAGGGGUUUUGUAAAAGGAUGUGUGUGGGCUGCUGCUGAUUAAUCUGAUAACCAUUUCUUCCACAAACUCAAACUUUCCUCAUCCUUUUGCUCUUGAUGUCUAUCAGCUGAACUUGCACCCAGCCCUUCAAAAAAAAAAAAAAAAAAACAUUCAGUAUUGAUUGAACCAAUAUUUGAACCCUGUAAACACAUCAAAGUCGUUACAGGACUCCUGCUGAUGUGUUUCCCCAUUUGAGCCUGUGCUUCUCUUACAGCUCACCACAGGAGUUUAUCUGGACCAUUUAACAUUUACUUUGGCUUCUUUGUUACUUGAGUAGUGUCAUGCCUUUACACUCGGGUUUGAGUGAGUUUGUUGUGUUUACCCACAAAAGGAUAAAUG